AUGACAAAUAACCCUCAUAAAUUCUUCUACAAAGGUGCAGACAAUGACUUUGUCAUUUUCGUUGACGAUCCAGAAUUGUACAAGAAAUACAAAAGCGGAGACACAACAAUUCCAUUAAUUGAUAUUGUCUCAGUAUUCAAAGUGUUUAUCAAUAGACAAGGUGGUGCUGAUGGAAUUCUAGAUGAAGCUUCUAAGCAGGAUUUGAACAAUAAUUUUAAGACUUCGAAUGUCGACGAAGUGAUUAAGAUUAUUUUGGACAAAGGAUCAGACAAGCACAAUUCUGAUCUCAAUGAUGAAGAUGCUUCUCGUAACGACUCAAUUGGAGCACGUGAUACUGGUAACUAA